AUGGCUACAAGGAAUUGCGCAGCUGUCGUGGUGGGCGCGGGCCCAGCCGGUGUGGCUGUCGUGGGCAACCUGCUGGAGCGCCAACUAGGCACAAUCGCUUGGAUUGACCCUAGUUUCGAGUCUGGCCGUGUCCAUCGCAAAUACCGCGAGGUUCCCAGCAACACCAAAGUCGCUCUCUUCCAGGCGUACGCCACUGCCGUGCAGCCCUUCAAGACAGUCAUCGAGAGCACCCCUCGACCUAAUGCAUUCACAACUAUGGCCAAGCUGGAUCAGGAAAAGACAUGUCAUCUCGGCUACGCUGCAGACAUGAUUCGCGGUCUCACGGACGGGCUGAUCAAGAUGGAUCAAGUCCACGCCUGCCGCGGCUUUGUGACAGCCGCCAAUUUGAGCAGCAGGACGUCCCCUAACUCCCAAUGGACCGUCCACAUCAAACAGCACAAUUCAUCCGACGAACUCACAAUCGAAACAACCCGCCUCAUCCUCUGCACUGGCUCCCACCCCACCAACAUCCCCGUCCCAAUCCCCGGCCUCGACAUCACCCGCCUAGACCUAGACACUGUCCUCAAACCCUCCGAACUAGCAACGACCCUGCCCACCAAUACCCCCACCACCGUCGCCGUAAUCGGCGCCUCCCACAGCGCCAUCCUCGCCCUCCUCAACCUCGUCACUCUCGCCCGCGACUCCCACCCCCAUCUACGCGUAAAGUGGUUCACGCGCCACCCCCUCCGCUACGCAGAGUAUAUGGACGGCUGGAUUCUGCGCGAUAACACCGGUCUCAAGGGUCUAGCCGCGGACUUUGCGCGCGGAGAGCUCGAAGACGACAAACUUGCUACUUCACCUGCUGGCCAGGUCAUUGAGAAGAUUGAUUGUGGGGGCGGCGAGGGUCGUGAGGCUGCGCAGUAUCAGGCUGAAUUGCCGGCUUGCUCGUAUAUUGUUCAUGCGGUGGGGUUCACGAGGGAUCCGUUGCCGCGGUUGGGGAGGGACGGGGAAGCUUUGAAGAUGGAGUUUGAUCAUGGUUCGGGCAAGUUUCAUGAGCAAGGGAAUGAUGGGCCUGAGAUUCCGGGGUUGUUUGGUGCGGGCAUUGCGUUCCCUGAGAGGGUGGUUGAUCCCCCGGGGAAUGUGGAGUAUGCGGUGGGUUUCUUUAAGUUUAUGAAAUUUUUGAAGAGGGUUGUUCCGAAUUGGGUUUGA